UCGAGGGUCGGUGCCCCUCGGCCCUCGUAGUGUCGUCUUCUGUCUUCUUAUCUCUUCUUCUCCCACGAGAGUUUUUGCCGAGCUCUUUCGCCCCCUUUUUCUCGCAAAAAAGGUUUCGGGGGAACUGAGCCUUGGAUUGGAGCAGCACCGGAGGGAGAAGGAAGCCAUGGAGGCCGAUUCAUGGAGCCGCUUCUCUGCCGCCUCGAAACGCCACCAGUCCGCUGUUCAGCCUCGAUUCGAUCUGUACCUUGGGUAUGAGGAGAUCGAUGGAGGGGAAGAGGACUCGAGAGCGGAGUUCCCGUGUCCAUUCUGCUCCGAGGAUUUUGAUAUAGUGGGGCUGUGCUGCCACAUCGACGACGAGCACUCGGUUGAGGCUAAAAAUGGGGUAUGUCCUGUUUGUGCAGCUAGGGUUGGGAUGGACAUGGUUGGGCACAUAACUGUGCAGCAUGCGAAUUUCUUCAAGAUGCAGCGUAGGAGGAGAUUCCGUAAAGGUUCAUCAGGAUCCCAUUCUACACUCUCUUUGUUGAGAAAGGAUCUUCGAGGGGGGAAUUUGCAAUCUCUUUUUGGGGGGUCUUCCUUUACAGUUGCUCCCUUGAAUGCUGCGCCUGAUCCAUUGCUUUCAUCAUUCAUUCUGAAUUUUCCUGUUGCUGAUUCAUCAAAAGAUGUAAAGCCUGAAUCCUUGGAUGAUGGAAAUUUGAUUAACAAGACUUCAGAGGAGAAAGCAGGGGAAAGUGUUGAGCCAUCUCUAUCCGAGAAAGAUCAAGUGGAGAGAGCUCGGAGGAGUCACUUUGUGCGGGAGCUUGUGUUGUCCACGAUAUUUGAUGAUCCCAUAUGAAAAGAACCUUUUAUUCUUGGUGACAAUAACAGCGGCGGCGGCGGCGGCGGCAGCGGUCGAUGUUGAUGAUGCUGAUGAUGAUGAUGCUGAUGAUGAUGAUCAUGUGAUGAUGAUAAAGCUUAAAGAUGGUCCCCAGGCAGCUGCAUUGUUGUUAUCAUGACACACCGGCCACUUGGACAGCAGGUUUAUUUGGGAGGUGUAUAUUUAACCUGCCUUAUUACUCUGGAGAGGAAAGCAUGGAAUGUAUUAUAAUUAUCUAUUAUUAGUAUCUAGAUUUGGAAGGAUUCUUAAUUCUCCCUUUAGUGGGCAUAGCUAUGCAUAUAUGAAAAAACUAUUCAAUCGAGCUUGGUCAAGCAUUUUUUUCAGUUUCUUCAUAAAAUAAAGUUUUAGACCUGUCGUCUUGAUUUAAUGGAGUAUGCUUUAAGGGA